CUCAUUGUUUACUUACUGAGCCGUUCAAAAGACUCGAUUCGUUCGCGAAAGUCACAGCUCUAGCCCAUGGUCCAAGUUGAGUACGGCAGCAGAGAGAGAGGGUCGUCUGCCUGCGGAACAUCGCCGCUGCCGGUCGGACUUUCUUCCUACCGCGGCCUGUCUAAGACACGUCCGCCUUGGAUACAACACUCGCCAGUUUUAGCCCGAAGUCGGACGCGGGGGUGUCGGCCCUGCGCUUGGCCUCGCGCCGCUUGCUAGCAAGAAGUUAGCAUGGCGGAGAACCACAACCUGGUGGCCGAGGACAAGACCACCAAGCCGGGCCACGGUGAAGUCAACCACAGGUGGAAGUACAUCAGCCUGGCCCUGCUGGUGGUCCAGAACUCCGUGCUCAUACUCAGCAUCCGUUAUGUGCGCACGAUGCCGGGCGAGCGUUUCUUUGCCACGUCGGCUGUGGUCAUGGCAGAGGUCCUCAAGGUGCUGGCGUGUCUCCUCAUCAUCCUGUUGCAGGAGAGGCUCAACGUGAAGGAGACGGCGGCGCUCCUGGUGGACGGCAUCUUUUUCCAGUACAGGGACACGUUGAAGUUGGCAGUUCCGUCCCUCAUCUACACGCUACAGAACAACCUGCAGUACGUCGCCAUCUCCAACCUGCCCGCCGCCACCUUCCAGGUGACGUACCAGUUGAAGAUCCUGACUACGGCGCUGUUCAGCGUAUUGAUGCUGAGGAAAAGUCUGACAAGAGUCCAGUGGUUGGCUCUGCUGCUGCUCUUUGUGGGUGUCGCCAUUGUGCAGGUGCAGCAGGACGGCAACAAGGAGGCGGCGCACGCCGACCAGAACUACACCAUCGGCCUGAUCGCCGUGGUCAUCAGCUGUUUGUCGUCGGGGUUUGCCGGCGUCUACUUCGAGAGGAUCCUGAAGGGAAGCGCCCCGUCCGUCUGGGUCCGUAACGUACAGCUGGGCAUCUUCGGCAUGUCCCUGGGCAUGCUGGGACUGUGGUGGAACGACGGCGCCGCUGUGAGCCGGCGCGGCUUCCUGUCGGGCUACACUCCGAUGGUGUGGGGCGUCAUCCUCAACCAGGCGUUCGGUGGCCUCCUGGUUGCCGUGGUGGUCAAGUACGCCGACAACAUCCUCAAAGGCUUCGCCACGUCCCUCUCCAUCAUCAUCUCCACCGUCCUGUCCGUCUACCUCUUCGCCUUCAACGUGGACCUAAUGUUCACUGCCGGGGCUGGGCUGGUUAUCAGCGCCGUCUACAUGUACAGCCUGCCCAAAGCUUCGCCACGCCCCAGCCUGUCUUACGCCGCCACGCAGGAGUGCGCCGAUAUGGAGGCCUUUCCGACAAAGUGUGCCAGGAAGCAGAAAGGAUCUUGAGAGGAAGAGCGCUCUCUGACGCCCCCUGCUGGUGCAGCACACUAACAUGUGACGGCUCAAUGGAUAGGGCACACGACCUGUCACUCAAAGGAGCUAAUUUCUCACGUUUUAUGUCAAAUUUUAAUGCAAAACUCAGGUUUUUUUAAUAGCCACGAGUUAUGUUGGGACAAAAUACAGUACUAGGCAAAUAAAGCUCGUUCCAAUCAACGG